AUGCCUCCUCGAGCACCACCCUGUCUAUCAACAUCAGUCCUCCCAAAGCCAUCAAGCGGAACACACUGCAAGUCCUGUCUAAGGCGCAACUUCUCCUCUACUCCAGCAGUCUUCGCAGUGGAAACUCAACGUCAGCCGACUCUUCAUCGAAGAAAGUUUUUACAAUGGCUCGAAGGCCCUGGGGAGGUCUUUCGACAUCCUCUUCCGGGCUCUACCAAUUACCUCAAUGCAUACGAUAGAACAGGGAAUCUGAUCCGUGCGACCAAACGUGGUGAAGCCAACCCUUCAACAACACCGGAGACAGCUGAUUCGAGAGCACUGGACGCAGCUGCCGAGGGCUCAGAUAUUCCAAAAGAAACCGCUGAGGAUCUGCGACCUUUCCCCAUGAAUGUCCAUUUUACAUCCCAAAGUAUAUUAUCGGAAGAGAUGCGACUGGAAAUAUGGCGACGAGUACAAGUGAACAAGAAAUCUAUUCGGCAAGUUUCUGCUGAAAUGGGUGUGGAUAUGCGAAGAGUAGCUGCUGUCAUUCGACUGGUGGAAGUAGAGAACCGGAUGAAGGCAGAGGAAAAACAACUCGCCAUACCCUACGCAAGGGCGAUCCAUGCAAUGGUUCCCGUUACCCAACUCGACCCCAAUACCAGAAAACCACUCGACGUCCACGAGCCAAUCAAUGAUCUCGAACAACAUCCUCUCACUCUCACUCAACUCUUCUACCCAACAUCUGAAUCUCGAGCAUUCAACCGUACAGACGCAGGUCGCGUUUUCAGUGGCGCACCACGCUUACCAGACGCUGAGGAUAUUGGCCAAGGGGGCACAGGAGCUGUUGAACCGUGGCAGGACACCAAGCCUGAGAGAAUUGGAAAACCUGGGCGGGAGAAAUAUGUCUUGAAACCCGCCGACAGCCGAAUUCCCCAUCCACAUUUGAUCGCGUACGCGAAGGAUAAAGACCUUGAUCGUGGUCGGCGUCAGGAGCGCUACUACGAACGUCUUAAGGAGGAUAAGGAGAAUCGAGACGCUGCCAAAACCAAACGGGAGGCUUACGAAGAGAGCAAGAAGACUCGAGUCGACACCGAUCGAUGGCAAUUCAUCGUCACCGAGGUCCAGGCAACCAGACAAGGAACUGGUCUUGACGGUCGAGGUGUUCAGAGUCCUGGGUUCAGGUAUGGUGUGCCCAGAGAGGACAGGAAACGAGGGCAUGUCAAAAUCCCGACGAAAGUCGAGGUGUGA